CCAGCUCAGCAUUCCAGCUCAGCAUUCCAGCGCAGCAUCCCAACGCAGCAUCCCAACGCAGCAUCCCAGCUCAGCAUCCCAACGCAGAGGACCAGAGCCAGCCAAGGAUGAGCAAGUCCGCUGCUCGGCGCUGAACAACAGCCACAGCUGGCUCACCUCGCCCAUCUUCCCUGAGCCAAUGGCCCCGCUGACUUCCCCGGCCUUCAGCUUCCUCCUCCUCCUGCUCCUGCUCCUCCUCCGGGCUGCCUGCCUCAGCCUCCUUCCCCAGGCCAGGCCAGAAGCAGCAGCAGUUCAGUAUGAUCUACAUCUCAGCACAGAUGGGCCGACCACCACCGGUGCAGAUGGGCUGGUGCUUGCCACUCUGAUCGCUGGGAACGGUAGCCAUGCUGUCUUCCCUGAUGACCUCAAACAAUAUCGCUUUCACUGGGUCUACAGCCCACUCCUGCUCACUGGGAAAUCCGAGGGAGAAUUUAAUUCAGCCAUCUCCGUGACUGGACAAUCACCAGGAGACUUUCCCAUUGCUGUCUGGGUCACUCCUGCAGACUGCUGGUUAUGCCAGCCGUUGGCCAAAGGCUUCACGUUGCUCCAUGUUACAGAGUUCAUAGUCGGGAAUCUCAUCCUGGUGCAGAGAGAAGGCAUCAGCAGCCAGGCCAAGCAGGGCUCUCACCUGGCCAGAGACACUACAACACAAGCGUCCUUCAUUCUUCACGAUCCUAGUAACUAUUUCAAGUCAGCGUCGUUCCUCUACAAUUGGGACUUUGGAGAUGGGACUCAGUUGGUAACAGAAGACUCGUUUGUCUAUUAUAAUUACUCUACGGCUGGAACCUGCACAGUUCAUCUCAAAGUUGUGGCUGAAUGGAAGCAGUUGAAAAAGUCACCCAACGAGAAAGGCCUAGUGCAGAAAACUGGAGAGUUUACUGCCUCGCUGGAGUUACUAGAUGCGGUUCAAAGUAUUCAAGUCUUGGGCUCCAGCGAGACUCACAUAAUGCAGACAUUAAACUUCUCUCUGCAAAUCAGUGGCAGCCCCCCACUGACCUUGUGUUGGCUGGUGAAGUCGGACUGCAUCCCACUGGAAGGAGACGAUUGCCACUUGAUGAAAGUAAACGGCACCUCCUGCAAUGUGAGCCACACCUUCAAUGUGCCAGGGCGAUACUGCCUCAGUGUGAGGGCCCAGAAUGCUGUCAACAAGCUGCAUCAGUACCAUCCCAUCACAGUCAGUGCCACUGGGAUCCACCCAGCUGUUUUUGCUCUGCCUUGUGUCGUCCUCAUCUCUGUGAUGCUGGGCCUCAUCGUGUAUGCGACCUUUCGGAGUACCUCACAGCCAAAGGACCUAGUGGAGGUGGCUGACUUUGAUUUUUCUCCCAUGUCCGACAAGAGCACGGUUGGUUCAGAGGCCGAGGGCAGGUGUGCCUGGGUGUGCUGCAGGUCCUGCCGCCUUCAGGCCCCACACGGGUAUCGAGAGAUCAUCCGAGAGACCCACGGGCUCCUCCAUCCUCUGCACAAGCCGGCCAAAACGUACAUGGUGUGACACCCCUGCCCAGCUCCAGUGGCCUGUGAUCCUCCAAGCAACUGACAAUGCGCGGAUGGCUCCUUCUGGCAGGUGCGGUCUGCAGAGAAGAAACUCUAUCCAGUGAUAGAGGGCCUUUCAUCCCAGAGUCAGGAAGGGAACUUGAAAAAGAAUCAAGUGACUUUGCUACUGUAAGCUCCUGUAGGCAGACUCAAGACAGAGCAGGGAAUAGCUGAAUCAUUCACCGUGCCAUUUUGUUCCAUAGUCCGUCCGUUCCCUAUAACCCCCUGCUUCUAAUACCUCGGGGAGUUACAGCACACUAAGUCUGUUUCAGAGGCAAAGAUGCAGUAGGAAUAAAAAUCAAUGCUGAGUCCUCCCCAACAACAGCAGAGGAGUAACCCAAGUUAUUAUUAUUGCUGUUAUUAUAUUUGUUAAGCACUUACUGUGUCACACAUGCUCUAAGCACUAGAGUAGGUACAAGUUCAUCAGGUUAAACACAGUCCCUGUCCCACAGAAGGCUCACGGUUUAAGAAGAAGGGAGAACAGGUGUUAAAUUCACAUUUUACAGUUGAGGAAACUGAGGCACGGAGAAGUUAAAUGACUUAUGCAAGGUCAUACCGCAAACAAAUUACAGAGCCAAGUUUGGGGCCCAGGUCCUCUGAAACCCAGGCCCAUGCUCUUUCCACUAGGCCAUGCUGCAUCUCAAGAGUUGUGACUACUAUAAAGCUGGCUGGUAUUAGAAUUAGGGUGGAAACUGAUUUGUUUUUCAGAGUAUAAAUAGUCUCUUCCCCAGUGGCUUUCCAGUGCCCCAUCCUCUUCCUUCCCCUGGCAGCACUUCUUGCCUGUCAUUUUAGUAGUCCCAUUUUCAGAAAUGGGUCGGCUGCUACAGAAAUGGCUAGCUUCAGAAAAUAUUAGAAGCUGCACGUAAGUACCACCUCAGAUUUUGAAAAGUUUCUUAUCUGAUUAGAGUAUUCUGCACAGAAGGGCUGGGUUUCAAAGGUGGCUCUAAAGCAAAUUUACUCUGAAAAUGAAAAUUUAAGUCACCUCACAUAGACCUCCCCAACAGAAAUUUCAGCUGAACCGACUCUCAUUUUAAGCAGUCUCCCUAUAAGCAAGAGGCCUUAGAGAGAGGGAGAAAAAGCUUCCAGUCGGCCAAAGAUUUCCCCCUGUAAAAUUCAAAAGACAACCCUGUAGUGUGGCUCAGUGAGUCUGAAAUAGGGUGAGCAUAUAUUAAGGGUAGACUUGGAAAGAGGAGACACAGGGUAAUUGAGCAGUUCAGGAUAGAGUGAGGAGGCUAGUGAAAUGAAGCCAGAAUCAGUGGGAGAAUUGAAUGUCCACCUUAUAGAUCAAUGACCUGGAAAAAUUAAUGUGCAGUUAGGCGGUGAAGUCACUGACUCAAACCUGAGAGGCCAGUCAAUGCAGGAAGAGAGAGCAAUUAAGUUCAGCUGAGAGAAACACAUGGCCAUACGUAUAGGAGCAGCCAAGUGAAGGAAAUGUUGGGAAAUGAAACUAGGGGCAGAAAAACAUUAACAAGAGAUAUUCCUGCAGUAAUCAUACACUACCAGACAACAGGAAAAUGCUGUAACACUGUUAUUCAGUUCAUUAUCCAGAAGUAUGCUAUAACUAAAAUAAAGCUCAUAUGCUGAGAGUA